UGUGACUAAAAUUUAAACUGAUCACAUUGUGAAAGAAAAAAGAGUUGAUAGUUUAGGGACACCCCCUUCCCAAGAACUAUUUACAUACUGGGCUUAUAAAAUGUUUUCUGCUGUGUAAGUUCAGUGAUCCCUUAACAUCAUUGCAGAAGAUGAUUCUCUAUGCGUGGCUGCUGCUUUACAUUAUUUUUCACGCCGAAGGAAAAUGUGCAAAAAAUUAUUAUUACGAUGGACUUCUUGAAGAAUGUCAACCAUGCUCCAUUAGAUGCAACUCUCCACCCACUAUUUGCACAACAUACUGUACCUCAAUACCAGAAAACGAACCUGAAAAAACACAAAAUAUACAUUUUAUUUUGACCAUAUUUUUUGUGUUCCUGGGAGCUUUCAUGGUCCUGACCAUUAUUCUGCGAGUUAUACGCAAAAAAACCUGUAAGCCCAUCAACAUCAAAAAAGUAAUAGGUCAAGAACAAAAGACAUCUGUAAGUGAGAGAAGCUUGGAUGUCACAGACAAAUCUACGCCUGACCAGAGAUCAUCUAAUGAUGGACUGAGUCAACAUCACUACAACUCCAGCCUCCCUCUCCCCUCCACUGAAGAAGGCACAACAUUGCUGGUUACCACAAAAACAGUGCAAGCCUACCAUUGCACUCCUGUCAUAUAGUGAAGAGACGAUGAACUGACUGCACACUUUAAAACCUGUUGCCAUUAUGGGCACCUUCAAGAUAUUAUGACUGUAAAAUAACUAAAUGCUGGAUGUACACAUUCAUGUCUAAUGAACUGAACACAGGAUGGAAGUAUUUGACUAGUGAACAGUAGCCUUUUGUAUGUCAUUUAGAUGUACUAUUGA